AACGGUCUGAAAAUGAGUGGAAAUUGAUUCACCAAUAGGGGGCGUUUAUGAGUAGCUUCUGGCAAACCUUUGAACGCCGCACCCUUAUAGAGAAAGUGAAACUAAACUCUCUAUGGAGAAGUUUAUGUGUUUUCAAAGCAUGCAUGUAUUUUAAUUUCCUUUGUUUGCAUUUAUCUUCGUGUAAUCUGGGAGCAGGCUUCUGAAGGAGAGUGAAAAAGAAAAGAAGACUGUGACAUCUCUAUGCAAUGGCCUGUCAUUGCAAGCUCCAUACUGACCGCACCAUACUGACUGCUGUAAUCGGCACUGCUGUAAUCGGCACUGCUGUAAUCGGCACUGCUGUCGUGUUCUAUGUUAUAUGGAAGUCAACAAAAGAAAAGGAGGAUCUUCAGAAGCAAAAUGAGACUUUCAAACAGGAGAAAGAGAAGGUUGAAGCAGAAAAGGAGGAUCUUCAGACGCAAAAUGACAGUUUAAAAAGUGAGAAAGAGGGACUGGUAAAAGAAAAGGAGGAUCUUCAGAAGCAAAAUGAGACUUUAAAACAGGAGAAAGAGAAGGUUGAAGCAGAAAAGGAGGAUCUUCAGAAGAAUUAUGACCGUUUAAAAAUCGAGAAUGAGAGUCUGGUAAAAGAAAAGGAGGAUCUUCAGAAGCAAAAUGAGACUUUCAAACAGGAGAAAGAGAAGGUUGAAGCAGAAAAGGAGGAUCUUCAGAAGCAAAAUGAGAUUUAUAAAGAGGAGGUUGAAGCAGAUUUUAAAGAACUUCGAAGGAAAACCAACACAUGUGGCUAUGUCCUUGGCAGAGAAUGGAAACCAAUAACUGAAGCUCGUGUCAAUGUGACUCUAGACCCCGACAUAGCCACCCCCAGCCUCACAGUCUCUGAAGACGGCUCACGAGUGAGAUUCACAGGGGAUCGAUCAGCAGAGUGGCCCAGUGUGCUGGGCAGGGAGGGGUUCACCUCAGGGAAGCACUACUGGGAGGUGGAGGUGGGGGAGAAGGGCUACUGGGUCCUGGGGGUCUCCACACACACUCAUGAGAAGAGUAUACCUGAGAAACCAGGGGAGGGCUACUGGUUUGUGAGGCUAGUUAAAGGGAAGACCUGUACAGCUGUGAGUCAGUCAGGGGAUCAGAUCUUAAAUCUGGAGAAGAUCUGCAAGGUGUGGGGGGUGUAUCUGGAUCACGAGGGAGGGAGGCUGUCAUUUUACAAUGUAGAGACCAGAUCUCACAUCCACACUUUAGAAGGCUCAUUCCCUGGGCAGGUCUACCCCAUUUUCAGCCCAGGGUCACACGAUAAAGGACCCUUGAUAAUCCAGCGAGUCCAGCACACAGCAGUCAAUGUAAUAUAGACACCACUGUGUUGGGUAGCUGCUGUAGUUCUGUCCAGGGUUUUAUAUUAGUGUUAUACAGUGUGUGUCCCGUCAGCAUUGCCCUCUGUAUCAGUGUGAGACCCUGUUUAGCUACAGCAACUAUAUUAUGAUAAUGAAUGUGAGUGACAAGCGUAUAUCUUUCAUUGUCAGGAUUUAAGGAAUGUGCUCAUGUAGUUUGAUUUUUUAUUAAUUAUUGAUACAAAUGAAAAAAAACAUAUUGUGGGAUUCAUAUCAGUAUUAUUAGUAGUUAAAUACAAAUAUAAUUAAAAAAAACGAUUUGCUAAUA